ACCAAGAACGAAGACCUUAAUCAUAGUAUUGAGUCGGUCUUUAUUGUGAUCAAGACCGACCCAAUCUUUACACCUUGGCUCUUUAGGCUAAAAACUCUCAUUGCAUUUCUUACAUCAUAAAAAUGGUUUUAAACUUGUUUAAGUCAUUAAAAACACUUGGUGUUCGCCCAAACCAAAAACCAAGCCAUCCAGUGCUCGGCUUUCAGAAACCAGCGUUCGGCUUUCGGUUGUCGGGGAAGCUUGUUUCCCUUGGUUGUACGAAGGAAAGGUAUUUUCCUUCGGGUUGAAGUCUUGGAGUGCGGUAUCUCCGAGCAAGUGUUGUUGAGGCUCGUGGGACUCGAGUUCUCAGGUUGUAACGGUUUGUUAAGCACCCGUAAGCUUAACGGAAGUAGUGUAGCUCGAGAGAGUCUCUCGGGAGGCUGGAUUAGCCACACGUUGUGGUGAACCAGGGUAAAAUUUGGUGUGCCUCUUACUCUUCUCUUUACUUCUCUUUUAAGUUUUUUUUUAUUCCUGCGAUUUCUACGAUCAAACGCUAUUCACCCCCCCUCUAGCGUUGGUCACUUAUUCAAACAAUUCUCGAUCCCGAGUCCAUGCUCUAUCCGGAGGAGACUGAGCUGAGGAUGCGUCCGACGAAUAUACGUGAGUUCAUUCAUUGGGAGGAGGUCGAUCAGACCAUCAUCAUUGUUUGCUUGAGGUCUUGGCGGUUACAUCAGGAGCGGCACAUGCCUCAGCUUAAGGCUCAACCGGAUUGGGUUGAUGUUCCCGGAGUACCCCAACAAGAAGGGAACGUUGAGUGUGGUUAUUAUACCAUGCGAUUUUGUUGGCUCAUCGUCAAUAUGUGUGCACAAUGUUCUGUACCGUUAUCCGAUGUAUUUCAGUCUACUACGCCUUAUACUAGAGCCGAAUUAGAGGAGGAGAAAGGUGGUAGGGCUGGUUAUUUGGAGCCAUUUCCUGGGCAGAAUAUGGGAACGAAAGUAGGCGAUGUGAUGGUGGACGAGGUCGAGCUCGGUUUGAGUUUGGUCGAUCUGGUGCUGGAGGUGGCGGAUGAUGGUGUAGCAGCCACCGACAGGGUCGACUGCUCUAACAUCGGAUUCAAAGAUGAUGGUGCGCAUGGCCUCGUCCUUGUGGAAAGGGCUAAGAGGACGAAUGAUCUUGGAGAUAUUGCUGACACCGAACAGCUUGUGGGCGUUUUGGAAUUGGCGUUGGCGGUCGUGGGGGAAAUAGGGGGCGAGGAUGCAAUCAGGGGCGCACUUUCUGCGUUGGUGCUUACAAGCCGCGCAGGCCUGGGAGCCACCGCCGUUGCUGUUGUUGUUGUUGGUCCGGGAGGACGAAACGAUAAGGUUGUGUCGGCUUGUGUUGUUAUUGACCUUAUUGGGCUUGAGUCGGAAAUUCGCCGGAUGCGAUGGCUGGAAAUUCUCGCUGACCCGAUUUCACAGGUUUUGAGUCACCGGAAUUUCUCUCCGGACGAUGGGAUAAGCUGCAAGACUUGGCCAGGAACAGUGGGAGCUGUGGAGCUUGUUGCGUCCAAUGCAGCCUUGAAGGCCCAAGUUGAAUACUUGGCCAAAGAAGUGGCUAAACUUACCAAGAUAAAACUGAAUGCACUACAAGGAAGUGAUCAUGAGGAUGAUGCUCUAGCACUAGUGGCAUCAACAAAACUAGGGCUCCCGUCUAUGAAGGAGCUUUACAAGGAGGAUGAAGACUUCAAAGACACUUAUUCUAAGUGUUUAUCUCGGCCCCUUGGUGAAUUUCUUAUCAAAGACUGUCAUCUUUUCCGUGGCAAUCAACUAUGCAUCCCGAAGUGCAGCGUUUGUGAAACCCUUAUCGACGAAGUCCACGGAGGAGGCCUAGCUGGUCAUUAUGGAAUUGACAAAACCCACAUGAUGAUGAGAGAGCACUACUACUGGCCGAAGAUGGAGCGGGACGUAGAACACUUUGUGAAACGAUGCAACGUGUGCCACCUUGCCAAGAGCCAUUUGCUGCCUCAAGGAAGACACCUACCCCUACCCGUUCCGUUCCUUUUGCUCCAUGGGAAGACGUGAGCCUAGACUUCAUUACCGGA